AUGUUGGAUGAUAACAAAAAGAUUGGCAUUGGCCUCUGCGGCAUUGGAGUCCUCUUCGUGAUGCUCGGCGUCUUUCUGCUCUUUGAUCGUACCCUGUUGGCGCUAGGGAAUGUCGCCUUUCUGGUUGGUCUUGCCCUUCUCCUGGGCCCCACGAAGGCUUUCAAGUUCUUUUUCCGGAAAGAGAAGUGGAAGGGCACGACUGGAUACUUCGUGGGAAUCGCCAUCAUCGUUGUGGGCUGGCCUUUUGUCGGCUUCAUUACAGAAAUGUAUGGCAUAUGGAAGCUUUUCGCGGCCUUCCUGCCCAAUGUCCUGGCUUCACUCAAGAUGACAGUGCCAGGAGCGGCCACGGUCCUCAAUAUGUGGCCGCUGUCUUCACUGUGCAAUUUGAUCUACGAUCAACGCCGACUGCCGGUGUGA